AUGAGCGGGAGGACGUCUUGUGGCUAUGGUUCGCCUGCAACUCUGGUCUCUGUCGUUCAUUAUUAUCAUCGCCUUCGUCCUCCGUCCUCCAUCAUCCUACCUCUUGCUGCACCAUAUCUAGCGCAGUUCCAGCUUGCACCAAUGCACGUGCAAUGCUUCCAAUUAUUGUUCAAUGCUAGUAAGAUUGCACACGGUUUUGCCAAAUUAAGGAACAACAAGGAGUUCUAUGUACUGACAGCCGCUGUGGAUGAAUCGGUUGCCGAGAUUCUACCGGAAGGUGGGUUCUCCGGAUGGCUCGGUGUUAGCUUUAGUAGAGGCCGUACCUGUUCUUAG